AUGUCCACCUGGAAACCUGACGAAAUCAACGUAAUUCAUAAUUACCUACAGAAUAAAAGUGGACCAAUAAAGGCAGAAGACCACAAAGCCAUUAAGGAGAGAUUACCAGGUCGUUCCAUACCGGCAAUUAAGAAGAAAUGUUUGGAGCUGAAGCACAAUCCUAACCUCCCUAACCGUACGAACAAAUGGACAAGUGAAGAGAUAAAUAGACUGAUCAGCGAAUAUGCCGCAAGACCCGAGGCCCAAAUAUCAGCCCGUAUCGACCGCAUCGUCGACCUUUUUCCCGGUAGGACGAAGAAGGCAAUUGCAACAAAGCUCCGAGAAAACCACCCCGAAAUAUACUAUAGGACGACAACCCAGGUCCCCCCCCAGAAUACAAACACAGCCCAACCCCAGAAUGCAAACACAGCCCAACCUGAAAGCCCAGUCGUAACACAGCGUGGGCCACAAAUAUCUCCAGAGAGAACUCCUCAACCAACCAGCCGAAUACACCCAUCUGAGGAAGAAGAUCAGCAUAGCCCCGAACACACGAUCCAAAUCAAUGAAGACGAGCUGAAAACCUGUAGGGAAGCCUUUCAAAAAAUAUUCUGUAGAACAGGCGAUUCAAAGCCAAGAAUAAAUAAAUUUCUUGUCAAGCCGAACAACAUGAAAAGUAUACAACUAAUCAACCACAUACUGCAGGAGCGCAUCCACCAUUUCGCAACAAACUGCACUAACCAAGUUCAACAAAGGAAAAACAUCAAGAAAGCGAUCUAUGUGGCAGGAAUUUUACUUAAGAAGUAUAUUGUAAAAAAAACAGGCCCUCCAGACUAUAAAAUUACCGAGGAUAAGAUCAAACUCUUGAACAACAGUGUCGACAACGCAAAGAAGAUCCUUAACUGGAAGGGAGGUAAUUUUGGACGCUCCCUCACUGAAGAAGCGCGUCGAAUAAAGAAGGCCAAGAUGACCACAAGUGAAUACAUUACAAUGCUUGAAGACAGGAUGGCACUUCUGCAACAAAAACUUGACAAGCUUAAAUCAAGACACCGAGUGAAUGCUAUAAGGAGAAAAUUCAGCGAAAACCCAUCCGUUAAAUUAAUAAACACUGAGGAAAGAGUCCAGCCACCUAAUAAAGAAGAUGUUGAAAAGUUCUACGCAGAACUAUACAAGAAACAUGAGAGCACAACUAACACCCCAGCCCUCGACAGAUGGAUAGCGAAACUCCAGAGAGAGACAGCAUCACACAGGUAUCAAGACCAACUACAGGAAUCCCGGAUAAACGAGCAGACCUUGCAGGUACUGGCCAAAUCAGCUCCAUGGAAAGCUCCAGGUGAGGAUGGCAUUCCAGCAUAUCUCUACAAGACAUUUCCAGCAGCAAAGUCCUACCUUCAGAGGUUUAUAUACACCACAAUAACAGGUGAACAUAAAAUGGCAGAACCUGACUGUAGGGCUGAAGUUGUCUUGAUACAUAAAAAAGGAGAUAACAAAGACCCGGAAAACUACAGACCAAUAGCGUUACUGAACACCGAUUAUAAAAUACUAACUGGGGUAAUAAGAAACACCUUACAGAAACAUCUGCCAGACUGGGCAAUACCUACGGAACAACUGGCUAGGGAGAAUGUUUGGGGUACAAUCCAGGGAAUGUUGAUCGAUAAGGCCAUAACCCAGAGAGCAAGACAAAAUAGAGCUAAGCACUACUCUGCGUGGUACGACUUUAAGAAGGCAUUUGACACCAUAAGCCACCGUCACUUGAAGAGGAUGAUCAGCGUGUUACCACUCCACAAAAAUAUCAAGCGCCUCCUCAAAACAGUAAUGGAGCUCUGGACCCUCCGAGUGAGAGUCGGAAAGGGAAAGACUGCUCCCAUCUACAUAAAAAGGGGCUUAUACCAGGGCGAUUCAUUAAGCCCCCUGCUGUUCAUACUGCUGACUGCAUGUAUUAUAGAACACUUGAAAACAAGUCCACAAAUCAUCAAGAACACCAGAGGACAAUUUGACAUACUAGCAUUCAUGGACGACAUAAAAUGCCAUGUAAAAACAAAAAAAGCCUUGAAGACAGUCACCGAUGAAAUAAGGAGGAGUGGAGAAGAGAUAGGGCUGGUUUUAAACACAACCAAAUGCGGAAGAUAUUGUAGAGUAGACGAUGAGGAUGACCACAAUGCUCCCUUUCUACCCCAGAUCCGUGAAGGGUACAAAUACCUUGGACUAGAGCAACUGGAACGAGACUCUGCAAGAAACUACGAUACCACAGAAGAAAAAAUCCUAAAAGAAACAGAGAAGAUAUUUCGCUCCCCACUCACGGUACCGCAGAAGGUUCACCUCUUCAAUACGGCCACAGUACCAAGUGCCAUCUAUGUACUCGGUAACAUCUACCCCGACGAAAAGAGGAGUACAACACUGAAAAAGUGUAGAGAUCUGGAUAAGGCCAUAAGGAAGAUCUUAACUAUAGAAAAUCAUAAGGGUAGAACAACAUCAAAUGCCCAUGUCUAUCUGCCAAUCAUUAGGGGAGGUAUGGGUCUGAAAAACAUUGAGCUGGAAACGGAAAUCCAACUAGCCAGAAGAGGUAUAUACCUUAAGUCACAUGCUGACUUAGCAGGAACAAGAAAGAAGUAUGAGGAGCUGAAGGCAGCGGGGUGGAGAAACCCCAUCAGCGAUCACGAUUUCGUAAUGAAGAAAUACAGAUGUCCAACUAUAAAUUACCAGCAGGAAAACUUAAAACAAAACUGUAAAAUCGUGAAGGAACAUAUUUGCCAGACAUUUCAACAAGAGCUAGAAAAUGAAUGGUCCCAGGAUAUGCACUACGGCAAGGUGGUACUUAAGGAAAAGAAAAUUAUCGAAUUCCCUGCUUACACAUCCCCACUAAUGGACCACUGGCGCUUCUCAUUGCUACACUCUGCUGCAGAAGAACAACUCCACGGCCUGGGAGGGACUGCUGGAAGAUCCAAGAAGUGUAGACGAUGCAACACAGCAAGUGAAACUGCAUACCACGUCAGCAGCGGAUGCAUCAUAGGCGCUUACACGACCAGGCAUGACUACAUCGUCCACUGGAUUCUAAAACACAUCCUACUGAAACAAAAUGCCCCUCAAGAAAUCCUGGCAAACUUUCCGUUCGGUAAGGCCACAUGCAACCCUACCUUCGAGACCGGAGGGCGCAAGAUUAUAGUACGGGCGGGAGGCAGCAUAUACACGGAGAAGAUCCACCAUAAUAAACCGGACAUCAUGGUAAGAUUUACAAACCCAGAUGUCAUAUACAUAUUCGAAAUUGCAGUGGCCCACGUCCAGAACAUCAGGACCCAAGAAAAAAUAAAAAAGGUUAGAUACUCCGUCAAUGGCGCGGUGCACAUCGACCACACAAACUGCGAGACAGCUGGCAGAGACCUCAACCUGAUCGGAGAGCUGGAGUCCCAAUACCAUUGCCCUGUACACCUGGGCAUAUUUGUGGUGGGGUGCUAUGGAGAAGUGCUGAACACUGAGGAGCACAAAAACUUCCUGAAACUGUUAGCACAAGUUGGAUUAACUAACUUUGAAAUAAGAUCAUUGAUAAAUAAGUGCUCGUACAGUGUGGCAGUAUCCACAACAAACAUUUUGCUAAAACACCUAAGCAUUUAG